UCUACGAGCCUAUUCUCACAGACAAGCCGAGAAGCUCACGACAUGAACGGGUUAAACAUGGAGAUUGAGAUGUUUUCUGACUACUUUGAGAACAGCACCGACUUCACUGACAACUUUUCAGACAUCGGCAUAGACUUCCAGGAGCCAUGUGGCCGGUCGCUCAGCAAGAACUUCAACCAGAUCUUCCUCCCAACAGUUUACGGAAUUAUAUUCAUCUUGGGAAUGAUUGGCAAUGGAUUAGUCGUGGUGGUCAUGGGCUACCAGAAAAAGGUCAAAACAAUGACCGACAAGUACCGGCUCCACCUCUCCGUGGCCGACCUCCUGUUUGUCCUCACGCUGCCCUUCUGGGCCGUGGACGCGGCUAAAAGCUGGUACUUUGGGAGUUUCCUCUGUGUGUCCGUGCACGUGAUCUACACCCUCAACCUGUACAGCAGCGUUUUGAUCCUGGCCUUCAUAAGCUUCGACAGAUACCUGGCCAUCGUGCGCGCCACCAACAGCCAGGACACGAGGAGGCUGCUGGCCACCAAAGUGAUCUACGUGGGCGUGUGGCUGCCCGCGGUCCUGCUCACCGUGCCCGACCUGGUGUUCGCCCGGGCGCAGGAAAUACAUCCCUCCAACUCCCUCUUCCCCAACCAAAGCGUGGAGGCGGCGGCGGACUCCAGGACCAUCUGCCAGCGCACCUACCCGCAAGAACACAGUGUCGGCUGGACGGUUGGUUUCCGCUUCCAGCAGAUCCUGGUGGGCUUCAUUCUGCCCGGUCUGGUCAUCCUCAACUGCUACUGCAUCAUCAUCGGCAGGCUGUCGCAAGGCGCCAGGAGCCACGCUCAGAAGAGGAAAGCGCUGAAGACCACCAUCAUCCUCAUCGUGUGUUUCUUCUCCUGCUGGCUGCCGUACUGCGUGGGCAUCUUUUUGGACAACCUCAUGAUGCUGGAGGUGAUCACGUUCUCCUGCGACCUGCAGCAGGCGGUGGAGACGUGGAUAUCUGUCUCGGAGGCGCUGGCGUACUUCCACUGCUGCCUGAACCCUAUCCUCUACGCCUUCCUGGGGGUUAAGUUCAAGAAGUCAGCCAAGAACGCGCUGACGGCGAGCAGCAGGUCAAGUCAGAAAGUAACUCUCAUGGCCAAAAAGCGAGGCCCCAUUUCAUCCGUGUCCAUCGAGUCCGAGUCCUCCAGCGUCCUGACCACCUAACGAAAAAACUAAGCUUCUGUUUCAAAGAACUUACUACAUUUUGUACAGAAAGAAGAGUUUUAUACUUUUUUGUUGUUUUUACUGUUAUUUGUGAAAGUUUGAUGUUCCUUGAAGCAGAUUGUGUCUGUGCCUCAUUUCCAUUGACUGCAGUUUUGGAAUCUUCUCAAACUGAAAGGCCUGCUGUUUGUGUUGUUCUGGAAGGCAGCUGCUCUUAGAAACAUGCCCAUUGUUUGCAGAAUUUGUGUGAUCGCACUUAAGCCGUGUGAUUUUUUGUGUUGUGAAAGCUAUUAUUUAUUGCCGUCAUUCACACUGUUUACGUUUUGUAAAAGAACAAAACUGCAUGCUGCUUUUUUUAAAGAAAAACAUUUUCAAUUGUUUUUUUUAUUGUAAAUA